UGUCUUUGUGUUCGGGGGUCUUGUUGCCACCACCGCCAGACGAGCAGUCCUCAAAGAGCUCCUUCCAGAUCAAGAAACCUCUUUACUCGUCACAAUGAGCCUCAUCCGCCAGUCCAUGCGCGCCCUGAAGGCCGUCAACUCUACCGCCGCCAUCCGCCCCGCUGUCGCUCGCUUCUCCACUGAUGGCAAGGUGCACGGUGUGCCCAUUAACAACACGCCCACUGAGGACCCCCAGGUCGUGAUCCCGGAGCUCCACCAGACACUCGAGUGGUGCCUGUCGUCGCCCCCUCCUGUUCACCAGUUCGACGAGGCCCCUAUCGUCAUUGAGACGUACGGCGACGUGGACCCGUACGCCCACUAGAUCAGCAACUCGUGGACGUCGUCUACUGUAGCUGCUGUACUCUGUGUUGGCAUAAGUAUCAAGGGUCAAGAAUAUCGGCAGUGCAGGCAGGUCAAUGGUCUGUCUAGAGCGACUCCAAAUAAAAGACACACAAUUUGGUAACUUUUGCGAACAUGCAUGCAGUCUGUGCUUUCCUACAGCUAUUAGGCGGUUGCUACUGCACUCAAGCUGUCCGUCUAUCGUCGCCAGGUUUCUUUGAUGAGCUGAAUGUCCGCCAGGUCGUCGUUAAUCAUGUUGGUGAGGUGUUCCAGCC